AUGAUGUGGACGUCGUCUAAAGAGGAUUCACUAAAUAUUCGUGUUGAAAAAGGAACAAAGCCAAAACUGAAGCUUAGUGAAGAUAAAAGAAAUGUGCAGGUUGCUGUACCUCUUGACACAUUUGUAAAUUAUCCACUACAACGUGUCGAACUUCACGGCGGUUACUACUUAGUACUACAACGUCUACAGCAACAAUAUAAAAUUACCGUACAGCAUGGGGUAAGGGUUUUCGAAUUGGUGCAAACAUGGUUAUGCAAAUUUUACGGUAAUUUCUUGAAAAUGUCGCAACUUCCUCCUAGUUCUUUUAUUUUUGUUUUAAAAAUACUGCAUCAUGAACGAAAACCCGAGUUUGUCGUCUACGCCUCUGCACUGUCUCAUGAGAAGGACAUUAAAACGCAAGUAAAAGAAAUGAACUCAAGAAUUCACCAGAUUGGAAUCGCUGGUCCAAAUUUGGACGUAUUCGGAGCGCUACGUGGCGCUCGACUUACCCUUGAGGCUACCGUUGGUACAAUGCAUGUGAACGCGAAGAUCACUGCAGAUAGACUAUCAUUGCACGGUCAAAGUAUCGUCGUAGCUUCUGAAGCACUUAUCAGUACAGACAAAUUUGCGGUUAUUGGACGGAAGCUCCAAUUGGAUGGGAGAUGUUUCCCCAACGAAACGUCGGAAAAUCGUAGAAUGUCUGUAAAACUGGACUGCAGCCUCGUUCAUGUUGGCAUUGAUGGUUGCAUUGGAGAGUCGAACGAUAAAGAUUCGAUGAAAUCAGCUAAGCAAGCCCAAAUUACGGCUGAGGCUCUCAGCUUGACCGUAACAGGCUCCUUAGCCAACUAUGGAAAAAUUCUGGCUACGGAAAGGAUUGAACUAAUUGUCGGCGAAAAUCUUCUUUCGCUCUCGGAUGGCACAUUAGACAGCGCAGGAAGAGGAUAUGAUGCACUGAAACGAAUAAAAGGAGUACGAAAACUAACCGAAUGUACGCCAAGUUCAAACAGCCUGCAUUCAGCCAUCAGCUCACAAAAUGCUGACGCUGUGGCGAAUUUGAUUGAGAAAGGAGUCGAUGUGAACGACAAGGCUAGCAUUUUAAUAGUCCAAUCUAAACGUCUAACCCUGCGCCAAGCUGCUAUCAUGCAAUAUCGUGAGAAACGCGAACAAUCCACGCUGAAUCGCGUUCGUGAACGGAUCACCCUCAUUAAUGCUCUGCUCGCUGUUCAUGAUUGGAGACGAGGAUCCAUCCAGUCGAAGGCGAUCCGUGCUAUCAUAAGCAAAAACUGUGAUGACUGUGCUCAAUUUAACGCUAGGGAGCUUCAGAUUAAGGUCGGGGGAUCCGCUAUCGUUGAGACGGAUUCGAUCUGGAGCAGCACAUACGUAGAAUUAGACGCCUGGUCUGCUGUUACCAUAUGUGGCCAAGUUAAACUUACCUCUUUGGUAUUGACAGCUGGAAAAGGGGUAACCACUACGGCAGAUGCAAUAGUGGCAUUGGAAAUGUUCGGAAGGUUGAAUUGUGGAAGCUUUUACUGUGAUGGAAUUUGGACAGUUGGUGAAAACUUCGUGCUCGAAUCACGCGAAGAUGUUCACUUUGACCUUCAUUCAUAUGUAGAAACCGAGAAGAUGGAGAUGGUGUCCGGAUCUGCUUGUGUUGUGGACGGAUCAUGGCAGAUUGGAACCUGCUGGGCACUGAUCGAAGCUAAACUGACAAUAGGAGCAUCAGCUAAGCUUUUCGUGGAAGAGUCAGCUACGAUAGGAGCACUGGGAUUGAUGUGCCAUGGUUUCUUCAAUAUCACCGAAAUCUGUGAUCUACAGUUAAAAGACUCUGCCCACUUUUUCCAUUGCUCAAAGUUGGAAUGUCAUACUUUAAAGCUGGCAUGUGAACUACAUUGUACGCUUGGCGGAUUAUGGAUUGCAGAUAGUAUGAAUGUUUAUGUUCGUCACGAUCUUAUUACCACUUCAACCGGGAAGGCAGCAGUCUUCACUUGCGCUAAUCUUACUGUUGGAUCAUUCAGAAAUGAUGCACUUUGGCAGGUAGAAAAAGAUUGCCAUAUCAUUGUCGGUUGUAUGGAACAGUCUGAAGAUGGUACAAUGUUCGUCAAACAAUCCUUGGAAAUGCAUAUCCAUCGUGAUUCCAUUGGAUGUUUUGGUGGAAAAAUCGUCUGUAGUAAGCUGGACAUGAGAUGCCUGCGACGUUGUCAAUAUGACGGCUAUCUGAAAGCUAAUGAAGUGGAAGUCUACCUACCAUACAUGGAUGAAUCCCAAAUGAUUGUGACUGGUCAAGUAGACAUCCUGGUUUCGCCGCUAACACUCAAAGGAAAUAGCUCCUUCUACAAUAUUGCCCCCACAUCACCCCACCCGUUCCCAGCUUUUAUACUUGAUGGACGACUAAAUGCUCACGCUAUUAUUGCCCCAUUCUUAGCCGUGGAGCUGUCUCCAGAUUCAAUUGUACGAUUACGCGGAAUUGUCUCCUAUACUCCUGCUGUUGACUUUAACAUCCUGGUCUCAGCUGGAGCUCUUGCGACAGGAAGGAAUUGCACCCUGCUUUCAAUGGGCGAAAAUCCUAGAGCUGAAGGCAUAAUCUGCGCCUCAACGUUUUACCAUCAGGGACAAAUCAGAUUCCAAGCUGAAGAUGUACACAUCCUGACGGGAUCAAUGGUUCACAAGGGAAGGCUGACGAAUUACGAACAUAAGCAGAAUCACGUGAAGAAUUGCCAUAUGGUUGUUGAAGAGUUAUUCUUGAAUGAGGGUACGCUAGCCUGCAAUGCUCUAAACAUUACUGGGGAUGGUGUUUUGGAAAAUAAGAACAGAAUCUUUGCUGUGGAGUCGAUGGAUAUUCGCUUAAACAAUUUCCACAACGAAGAUGGACUCAUGGAAUCGAAAAAUCAUAUCAAAUUGCUCUCUGCCACUAGGGAAUGGACGAAGUUGGGUGGAUCAAUCAAGGCCAAAAAAGGUUUCGAUCUUUAUGCCAAUAAACUGGACAUGGCGCUAAAUGAUGUGCAUAAACUUAUGAAUGAGAAAAUGCUUUCCUUCUCUGCCAGAAGCGAUCUCAUCAUAUCCACUGACAUCUGCGAUGAGAUCAAAGAAUUCGCUGUGGGAUGUGCUGCUCAGAACUCCGUAGCUAUCAAUGCUUGUAUGGAUCUGGACCGCUUGGAGAUUCUCCUUGGAGGAGACCAUACUAAUCCUGAACCCGUUAGGUUCAAGGUCACGGAAAAAGCUGACAUUAACAUAAACACCCUUGUAAUAAAUGGUACUGCAAGCCAUUUGGUCAUAGUUCUGGAUGGAGUGCUGAAGUGCGGAAGGGUGAAAGUAGCCGAGACCUUUAAGCAUGUCGCCAUUUCAGGACAGGGUAGCCUGGAUAGUCGCAUUAUAGCCGCUGAGGGUUCGAAUCUCAGCUUUGGCGUUUAUCAAAUCUUCAGAAGCAAUGAGAUCUUUUGCCGAAAUGUGAUUGUUGAAAAAGACUCCCUGCUAAGGUUGAAACCUUGCGAGGAUAACGAUGCUACCGCCAUGUCUUGUGAGAAAAUCCUCAUCGAAGGUACGGUAUUCGUCGAGAAUAAGCUGCUUCUCGUAUCCAAGAAAUCCGACGCUUGCGACCUCCAGAUUCGUGGACCCAUAAUCGGAACAGCUCCUGAAAGUGAAGUGAGCAUUGAGAGCACGCGGGUUUCUAUCUUUGGACAGGUUGCAAACCUAAAAUUACUGGAAAUCUAUGCCCGAGACACUAUGCAUUUCUCUAUGGCUAAG